CCAAGGCUGGCGGCAUAUUGCUAGUGCCAGCAUCGCCGAAUUUUAUGAAUGAAUGAACACAAGAUCCAACAAUGAACAUGUAAUCGUAACCCGAGGCUACUCUCAUGUCGAUAUGAACAAAGGUCUCAUAAUCUCAAACACAAUGGAAUGUGUUAUUCUGGAUUCGUUAGAGCAAAUCGGUUAUGAUGGCCCUCUGCUGGAGGAAAAGGCACUUACUAGCGCUGCAGAAGACGGUCUGUAUUCGCCUGAGUACGUUAACUUAUGCAAGUGGCUUGUAUCCAGACUAAAAACGGUAUGCGAUCUAGAGGAAAGCAUUUCUUCUGGUCCAGAUGACAUUGAUGGCAUGAAGGUUGAGAUGAGUGGUUUGCUGAAGGAGCUGCACUGUCCAUAUGAAGAAGUUGUUUCAGGAAUUCUCAAGGACAUCCUGCAAAAUAGAAGGGAUUAUUUAAAGCUUGUCUUGUUUCUCAGCUCUGAGCUUCAAGCAGCACAGAUCGUGAGGAUAAAACAAGAUUCUGCUAAACAACAAGAACAGAGCCCAGAACAUCAGGAAGUUCAGGCAAUCUGUGAAACACUGAAGCUGCCGGAUCCCAAAGGACAAGAUGUUGCCAAAGUAUUCUCUGAAGUGGAACACGAGAUAAACAAAGUACUGAAAGAUCUUCCAAAUGUCCGUAUUGGAGAGCCAGUGUUAAAGAAAGCUGUCAGUACUGACCAGUGGGAGAAGCUGAACAGUAUUAACACAGUCCUGUCCUCAGAGUAUGAAUGUCGGCGCAGAAUGUUGAUCAAACGACUGGAUGUCACAGUGCAGUCCUUCGGCUGGUCAGACAGAGCCAAGGUGAAAGUGGACAGCAUGGCAAGAGCCUACCAGCCCAAGAGACAUUCUCUGAGGCCACAGCCAUCCGUGGGCAUGGCCGAGCUGCUAGCUGCCAGGGAAGACAUCUGUAAUGUUGUGAAGACUAGCAGUGGUUCCAGCCGACAAAAGACUGCCUGCGCUGUCAACAAGAUCCUUAUGGGGAGAGUGCCGGAUCGUGGGGGCCGGCCCUCUGAGAUUGAGGCCCCACCGCCUGAAAUGCCACCAUGGCAAAAAAGACAAGAUGGCGGCGGUGGCUGGGGAGGACAUGGCGGCAGAGGAAAUGGGCGGGGAAGAGGUGGUUCUGGUGGUGGAUGGAGAGGAGGCGGAGGAGGUGGAGGAGGAGGAGGAUGGACUCAUGGAGGGCGUGGUGGAUAUGGAGGAUAUGGUGGAUAUGGAGGAUAUGGUGGUCAUGGAGGAAAGAGAGGACGAUACCAAUAAUAAUUCAUACUGUUAUUUUAUUUUUUGGGCGGUAAUGGUUAGCGUGGUCGCCUCACAGCAAGAAGGUCUGGGGUUCGAGCCUCGGGGUUGUCCAAUCUUAGGGGUCAUCGCAGGUUGUCCUCUGUGUGGAGUUUGCAUGUUCUCCCCAUGUCUGCAUGGGUUUGCUCUGGGUACUCUAGUUUCCUUCCACAGUCCAAACACAUGUCGGUCAGGUGAAUUGGCCUUACUAAAUUGUCCCUAGGUGUGUGUGUGUGUGUGUGUGUGUGUGUGUGUGUCAGCCCUGUGAUGGCCUGGCGGCCUGUCCAGGAUGUCUCCCCGCCUGCUGCCCAAUGGCUGCUGGGAUAGGCUCCAGCAUCCCGCAACCCCAAUUGGGAUAAGUGGCUUUGAUAAUGGAUGAAUGGAUGGAUUUUCUUUUGUCUUUAUAUUUGAAUUAUGGGAUAAGACACAGUGUUAUGACCUGUACUCCGUUGUUAUUGUUUUCUGUUGAGGGAGAAAACAGUAAGGUAUUUUUAUUAUUAUUAUUAUGUUUAUGCUGAUAGUCUUGCUGAAGUGACAACACACUUGUAGUAUUUUGUGAAAAAGCUUCCCCAAGUUUGAAUGAGCCAAUUAUUCUCCUGUUUUUUACUGCUAGGAAAAUAGUCUGACUUCGUUAAAUAUAUAUACUAAUCACUUGAUCUUUUAAUAGUCAUGGUCAUUUCAAUUAAGAUUUUUGGUUCAUGGUCAUAAGAAUUUUUUAGAUGAUUCGGCAUCUGAACAUAAGUAGAGUUACAUAUCCAGAUCAUCCAAGUAUGUUUCCUUUUAAUACCAAGGCAGGUUAGAUAAUAUCCAGGAUGAGGACCUGACACUUAUAAACACUGACGAAAAGGCAGAUUGGCAAGGCAAAUUUAUUUGUAUAGCACAUUUCAGAAUCAAGGCAAUUCAAAGUGCUUUACAUAAAACAUGAAAGGCAUUAAGAAAAGCAACAUAAGGCAAUAAGACAUUUUAAAACGGUAAAAGUUACAGUGCAGUGUAAGAUGAUAAUCCAAAGUGUCAAGUUUUAUUUAAUAAAAGGCAGCUGCAAACAGGAAAGUCAUCAGUCUUGAUUUAAAAGAACUAAGAGUUGCAGCAGACGUGCAGUUUUCAGAGCGUUUGUUCCAGAUAUGUGGUGCAUAAAAACUGAAAGCUGCCUCUCCGUGUUUGGUUUUGACUCGGGG